UGAACGCAGAAAUAGAAGGUACGCGGAACAAAACCAGAAGCGGUACCGUUACGCUGGAAUUGAGUUUUAUGUUGCGAAAAAACAGAGACUUCGCUUGCUCUAGGUCAAGAGCUAGUAGGAAGCGGAGCCAGGAUUCGAUCCCUCAUUUCGGAGCCCUGUUCUACAGAAGCUUCCUCUUUGGGAUCGGUUGUAACCGGGUGGAUGAGACCUGCGUGCUAAUCACAGUCGCCAGAAAGGAAAGCCAGCCUUCUUGGAACAACCUGCCGUCCCCAGGGACUGAGUUGUGGCCGCCUGCACCUUUCUCAGCCCUGUUCCCUUCUCUCCUGGGCACCCCAGAUCCAGCCCACCUGGGGCUCCCCGAGAGCCUGGCCUCUGUCACUGUCCCCAUCCGUCUGGAUGCCCUCUCCUACCUCCUGCACAGCGCCCUGCUAGGGGCCUACAAGUUUCAACAGUCUUUGCCCUCCUGCCCCUGUGCCCCCCAGGCAUGUUGCACUCAGCGAGGCACCGCCAAGAGGCCACCCAGGGGACGCGGGGCCUGGGCCGUCCGACGCAGGCCAGGCCGGGGUCAGGGCCAGCAGCAGUGGGGACUUGGCAGGGCUGAGCAGGCAGAGAGGAGCUGGGCGGGGAGCCCUGGGGCUGGCCCCAAGACCCCACCCGUGACGCCGCCAUCACCAACACCACCUGCCCAGGAUGGGAAGAAGGAUGCCUGGGGUCCGGAGCUGCCCCUGGAGAGGCCACCUGCUGAGGACUGGGAGGCCGAGUACUAGGACCCUGAGGA